AUGAGAUUCCCUGGUGCAGUCCGUGGUGAAGCAGCUGGGCCCCUGCAGCCCAUGGAGGGCACAGAGAGCAGAGAUGCACCUGCAGCACCUGAGGAGCCCGUGCUGGAGCUGGGGGAUGCCUGAGCUGGAGCAGGGACCUGGCAGGACUUGUGAGCCCAUGGGAGAGUGAGGCACACUGCAGCAGUUUGUGAAGAGCUGCUGUCCAUGAGAUGAAUUCACCUUGGAGACAUUCAUGAAGUGUCUCCAGGAGGGACCCCAUGGUGCAGCAGGGGAACGACUCCUCUCUCCGAGCAGCAGGAAAAACAACAGGCCCUCCGAGUGUCCCGAGUGUGGGAAGAGCUUCUCCCAGAGCUCAGCCUUGACCCAUCACCAAUGGAGGCACCACUAAGGGAAGCCCUGCAAGUGCCCUGAGUGUGGGAAGAGCUUUGUGUGCUGCUCCAGCUCCAUCCCCCAUGGGAAUAUCCACACUGGAUGAUCCCUGGUGAUCCCCAGUGGGCAGAGCCCCAGUGAUCCAUGGUGCCGGGGAUCCGUGUUGGGAAGACAACCUGGCUGGGGGGCUCCAAUUCUUCCUGGCUCCCUGUGCCCUUGAUUUCCUUUUAAUUUCUCUUUGCCCUUUCAAAAAAACCAAAAACUGGAUAAAAAGAAAGAUGUUGAACUAAGGCAGGGAUGGGGACAUGGGGGAAUCUUCCAAGGGAUGUGGUGGAUGCUUGGUUCGAGGGAGCUGAGGGUUCCUGGGAGGGACGUGGGGGUUGCUCAGGGCUUUGGGCACCCCCAGCCAAGCAGGGUGUGCACUGGGAGACCCCGGUGGAGGUUCUGGGGCAGGUGAUCAAGGAGCCCCUAGCCCAGGACUGUCCCCAUGUCCCCUCGUCCCAGUUCCUGGUGUCCCCUGUGCAGGAUCCCUCUCUCCCUGUUUUCACCCCCCUCUCGCCCACCCGUUCCCAUGUCACUCCACUCUGGGACCCGUUGUGCUCCCAUCCCAGCGUGAACCCCAUUCCUGGUCUCAUUUCCUGUUUCUGUCCCAUAUUCCCUGUCCUGUUCCUAUUCCUGGUCCCAAUGCUACUCUCAGAUUUCCAUUCCUGUAUUCCCUGUCCCGUUCCGAUAUUCCCAUUCCCGAUCCCAUUACAGGUCCCUCUCCCAUAUCCCUGGUCCCAAUGCUCUGUGGAGAGUUUUGUGGAGACGUGGCUUGAAGAGAAGGGACAUGACAAAAUACAGCUGGUAAAACAAUAGGCCUUGAGCAAGAGGCCUUGGGCAAGGGCACAGUAUCCUUGAGCAAGAGGUUAUACGAUAACAGGAUGCAGAAGCAGGAACUAGCUAGGGUGGAGAAAACACAGGCAUCCUGAGUAUGUGGCAACAGAGGCGGAGCUGACCUUUUAUAGCGAACCAAUAAUGAGCUUUAUUUUUGCAAUAUGCAUGAGCCUUAUUAUCAUUGUUAUAAGAGCACGCAUGUUAAAUCAAUAAACAGAGAUUUGUUGAUCAUCAUCGGAUGUGCUUGUCUCCCGUCGACUCCGUCAAUGCUCCUCUCAGAUUUCCAUUCCUGUAUUCCCUGUCCCAUUCCCAUAUUCCCAUUCCCGAUCCCAUUACAGGUCCCUCUCCCAUAUUCCUGGUGCUAGACCUGGCCCCUGUCCCCAUUCACAUCCUUGUAUCCAGUCCUGUAUUUCCUGUCCCUGUGCCCAUUCCCGAUCCCAGUAUUGGUCCCAGUUCUGUAUUCCCAGUCCCAUUCCUGAGGGCCGCCUCUCGCAUGGGGCCCUGAGGGCUCCACAGCUCGGCCUGGCUGUGCCACACGAACCGUUCAGCCCUGCUGCUGUCCUUGGCCAGCUGCAGAGAGCACAAGGCUUUGGGCAUUUCUCAGAGGCCCCAGCUGGCCGGAGCAGCCCCUCCUGCCAGCAGCCGCUGUGCCUCAGAGCCCUCCCUCAUCCUGGGGGGCCAUAGAGGGGCCAUGGGCCUGGAGGAGGCUCCUGUUCUUGAGACCGGAGCAAGGCUGCAGCUCCCGCCUUUGGGCCCUGGGCCGCAGCAGCGCAGGGGAGGCCCAGCUGCAGAGCUCACAGCCCCUGCUGGGUCUCACUUGGACACUUUGGAACACGAAUACCCAUCCCAUGUUCUCUCUGCAGUUGCUGUUUCCAUGUUCCCGUCCCGUUCCCAUAUUCCCGUCUCAUAUCCGGAUCCUGUCCCUGUCCCCGUUCCCAUUCCUGGCCCCAUUGCCAGUUCCAGUUCCCAUUCGCGGUCCGUGUCCCCGUUCCCAGUUCCGCUCUCUGUCCCCUCUCACCGGACACCGCCGCCAUCGCUCCGGCCCCCCAGCCCUCACGUCACCGAUAAAACCCCGCCCCACUCCCGCCCACCAAUCCCAGCGCGCGAUCGCCCCUCAUUUGCAUAACCACGCCCUUUGGUUUGGCCCCGCCCACGGCCGGCUGCAGCCGCGUCCGGGCGCAGUUUGCUCCCAGUUCCCUCCCAGCGCUCCCAGUAAGAGCGGGACUGGCAGGGAGAGCGGUCCUAAUUCCUUCCCGCUGAUCUCAGGAUCCCUCUCGGUGCUCCCAGGAUCGCUCCCAGUGCCGCGCGGGAGGGGGCGGCUUUGGAACCUCCCCCAGGGCAGAGCGCGGCUGCUUUUGAGUGUCGGUACUGCCCGGGCCGGGCUGGAAGCGUUGGAGGAGCGGGAGGAAGAGGAGGAGCGGGAGGAGCCCCGAUCCCACGCGGUUUCCCCGCUCAGGCUGAAGUUCCCCCGGCUCCUGCUGCAUCGCCCCCUCCAGGAGUCACAGGAUUUCCCAAACCUUGGCAGGAUGAAAAAGAAGGAUGCUGCAAGGAAGAGGAAGAUGGCCCAGGAGCCCCAUGCAGAGCAGGAGCUGAGGAUGGAGAACAGGGAGGACAAAUCCCCGGGACAGAACCUGGUAGAAGAGGCCGUUUUGAGCAGCUCCACAGCACAGGAAUCCAGCGGGGAGGAAAAGUCAUGGAGAUCCCGCACGAGAAGGGGUUGCAAACUCAGAUCAUGGGGAUCUGAGGAGGAAAGAGCCAGCCUGGGCAGGGGACAUGGCCAGAGCUCGGAGCAGGGAGUCCAUGAGAAGCUUCAGGAUGGGGAGAAGCCCCACAAAUGCUCAGAAUGUGGGAAGAGCUUCAGGUUUAGAUCCUACCUGAUCUCCCAUUGCAGAAUCCACACAGGGGAACGGCCCUACGAGUGUGGGGAGUGUGGGAAGAGCUUCUGCCACAAAUCUAACCUCAUUGGCCACCAGAGGAUCCAUACCGGGGAGAGGCGCUACGAGUGUGAGCAGUGCAGGAAGAGGUUUCAGACCAGCUCCCAUCUCCUCAGGCAUCAGCAGAUUCACACAGAGGAGAGGCCCUUCCUCUGCCCCGACUGCGGGAAGGGCUUCAGGGGCAAAUCUGAACUUUCCAACCACCAGCACAUCCACAAUGGGGAGAGGCCCUAUGAGUGUCCCGAGUGUGGGAAGGGAUUCAGCCGGAGCUCCUACCUGAUUGCCCAUAAGAGGAACCACACCGGGGAACGGCCCUAUGAGUGUGGGCAUUGUGGGAAGAGCUUCAGCCGAAGCUCCUGCCUGAUCAAACACCAGAUAAUCCACACCGGGGAACGGCCCUAUGAGUGUGAUCAAUGCAGGAAGAAGUUUCAGACCAGCUCCUGUCUCCUCAGGCACCAGCGCAUUCACACUGAGGAGAAGCCCUUCCGUUGUGCCAAAUGCAAGAAGGGAUUCAGGCACAAGUCCAGCCUUGUCAGCCACCAGCGGAUUCACACCGGGGAGAGGCCCUACGAGUGUCCCGAGUGUGGGAAGAGCUUCGCGAUGAUCUCCACCCUCAUUAUCCACCACAGGAGGCACACAGGCGAACGGCCCUAUGAGUGUCCCCAGUGUGGGAAGAGCUUCAGCACAAGCUCCACCCUGACCCGCCACCAGAGGAACCACACAGGAGAGAGGCCCUACGAGUGUCAGGAAUGCAGGAGGAGGUUUCAGACCAGCUCCUCUCUCCUCCUGCACCAGCGCAUUCACACAGACGAGAAACCUUUCCGCUGCCCUGACUGCGGGAAGGGCUUCAAGCAGAACACUUCUCUCAUCAACCACCAGCGCAUCCAUACUGGGGAGAGGCCCUACAAGUGUGGGCAGUGUGGGAAGAGCUUCAGCAGCUGGUCUAACUUGACCAGACACCAGAGGAGCCAUACUGGGGAGAAGCCCCACAAGUGCUUAGAAUGUGGGAAGAGCUUCAGGUGGAGAUCCUGCUUGAUCGUCCACCAGAUGAUCCACACCGGGGAGAGGCCCUAUGAGUGUGGGGAGUGUGGGAAGGGCUUUAUCCAGAGCCACAACCUGAUUGUCCACCAGAGGAGCCACACGGGAGAGAGGCCUUACCAGUGUGAUCAAUGCAAGAAGAGCUUCCUGCGCACCGGUGAUCUCCUCGUGCACCAGCGCUCACACACAGAUGAGAGGCCCUUCCUCUGCCCCGACUGCGGGAAAGGCUUCAACCGCAUCUCCACCCUCAACAGGCACCGGCGCAUCCACACUGGGGAGAGGCCCUAUGAGUGUGGUAAAUGCAAGAAGAGGUUUCACCAGGUCUCCCAUCUCCUCAGUCACCAGAUCAUUCACACUGGAGAGAGGCCCUUCCUCUGCCCCGACUGCGGGAAGGGCUUCAACUACCUCUCCACCCUCAACAGGCAUCGGCGCAUCCACACUGGGGAGAGGCCCUAAUGUGGGCAGUGUGGGAAGAGCUUCUCCCAGUGCUCUACCUUGACCCAACACCAACGGGGCCACCACUUAGGGAAGCCCUGCGAGUGCCCUGAGUGCGGGAAGAGGUCCGUGCACUGCUCCAGCUCCAUCCCCCAAGGGAGGAUCCAUGCUGGAAGAUCCCCAGUGAUCCCCAGUGGGCAGAGCCCCGGUGGUCAGUGGGGCCAGUGAUCUGUGUUGGGAAGACACCUGCCUGGUGCGUCCACAUCCUCCUGGCUUCCCAUGGCCUGGAUUCUCUUUUAAUUUUUCCUUGUCUUUUCCAAACACCCAAAUCCUGGGUUAAAAAUAAAGACAUUGAACUAAGACAA